AUGUCGCCUAACAGCAGCUCUUCGCUGGUGAACACGAAGCUGCCGUUUGUACCUCCCCCAGCCUCCCCUCAGUCGCCUCGCCGCCUCCGCAAGUACCAGUCGCAUCAAAGCUUGACAUCAACGUCGUAUUCGAGUUUCGGGCAGCCAUUGUCCUCGGCCGUGGGACUGAAUGGAAACAAUAGUCGCCAGCGCGAUGCCGCUAGCAAUGGCACGACACAAGACCUUCAAGCGGAGGUGACAAUACGAACCCGCGGACGAGCAAGAUCAAAUAGCGAGUCUGGCUCAAGUAACGUCGUGUCCCUGGUGACAGCAACAGCAAAGACAAGACGGCCGGCUAGGAAGACGGACUCGUCGGGCUAUUUCAUCAAGCGGUCGGGUUUAGACGCCCUGCUGCGUGACGGGCCAGCAGAUGGGAGGCUGCUGGAGACCUUGCAGGAGCUGAGAUUGAUGGUCUUGUCAAAUCGAGUAGAUGCAGACUCUGAUGGCAUGUCAACAUAUCGAAUAUACCUGUGGCUAGCUCUUCUUGGUGUCCCUCCACUACCGACGGAUGAAUAUCUUGAGCUUGUUCAUCGAGGAAGAUCGCCUGCAUAUACAAAAAUACGAAACGACACGUUCAGAACAUUAGCAACCGAUCCUCUAUUUAAACGCCGAGUUACUGAGGCAAGCCUGAUCCGUUUGUUGAAUGCAGUUGCAUGGAAAUUGCAUGACGCCCAACAACAAAAUGUUAAACAACCAUCAUCCCGGCCAUCUUCAAGGAGGAAGGAACUUCUUGAGCUUGCUAUAGAUAGCCCGCCAACUAUCAAAGAAGAGCCCGAGAGCGAGUCAGCACCACCUAUAAAACCAGCGAUCUAUGUGCAGGGCAUGAAUGUUCUUUGCGCUCCGUUUCUCUAUGCAGCUCGCAGUGAGGUAGAGGCGUUCGCGCUAUUCCAUUAUUUCGUGACCAAAGAGUGUCCCGGGUAUGUGCGAGGCGCAAUGGACGGGGUUCACAAGGGGCUUCGUCUAGUUGACCGGUGUUUGGAGAUUGUCGACCCUAAGCUUGCGACCUACCUUUUCUCAAAAGGAAUGAAUGCAGAGCUAUAUGCGUUCCCGUCUGUUUUGACUCUAUGCGCCUGCACUCCUCCCCUGCCGGAGGUGCUUCAUCUGUGGGAUUUUCUGUUUGCUUACGGGCCCCAUCUGAAUAUUCUGUGCAUAGUGGCACAGCUCAAUCGAAUGCGAGAUGCAAUCUUGCAGAGUGAGAGCCCCAACAAACUAUUACGAUCAUUCCCGCCACUCGAAGCAGACAAGGUCAUAAGUCUGACAGUGUCUUUCGUACGAAAGAUACCUGAUGAUUUAUAUGACGAUCUCGUCGAUCACGCCAAAUGA